AUGUUCGCAGCGUCGGGCAAGAAGGCGCCUCGCGCCGCCCAGGCGUCGAACGACAAGGGCAAGACCAAGGCCGAGAUCGACAAUGCGCUGUUCGACCAGGUCAAGGCCGUCAAGCUCAAGGCGUUCUUCGUCGGCCGCAAGGCGGUUCCUCCCGACUACGCGCACACCGACUACACGCUCCUGUACAACACGCGCGGCAAGCCCAAGGUCACGUUGCGCCGCAAAGCGCCCGACGCCGAGCCCGAGGACGUCGUCCUCGAGUACCCGAUGGGCGAGCCCGGCGCCGUCUCGGUCACGUGGGGCGACACCAAGCGCCUGCGCGACGAGGAGUUCCUCAACGACACGCUCAUCGAGUUCGGCCUCAAGUGCCGCGACCGCGGCGUGCCCGACGCCGCCAAGCUCGCGCCGCAGAUCCACGUGUUCAACUCGUUCUUCUACAAGCAGCUGUCGAGCAAGAAGGACCUCAAGCGCGGCAUGGACCCGUACCUGCUCGUCGAGAAGUGGACCAAGCGCGUCGACCUGUUCAGCAAACGCUACAUCGUCGUCCCGAUCAACGAGUAG